AUGCCGCCCCGCCCGCCCAAAAGCGCCGACGACAACAAAACCAAGGUCUUGAUCUCGGGCUUGAGAGGAAAUCACUCGCUGGAGGUGGGCAUUGCCUACUACUACCGGGGUCAUCAUCUCUAUGGGCCCAAGGGAAAUCCGGUCAUGCCCAUGGGGUUUUCCACCCGACAAACCAUCACAUUGUCUGGUCUUGCGCCCGACUUCGCGCCGCCAUAUGACUAUAACGACCCCACGCUCCUUGAAGAAACCCAGAUUCAAGCCUUCGACUGGGCCAAGCGAGCAGAAUGGAAACGACAGCAAGCGGAAGGUCAAUCGACUGCUACCUCCAAUGCUGAAGGUGAGGAAGAAGGCGUGAUACUGAUGAUACAGCUUGCCAGUAGACAUGGAGAUAGCGACAGGCCCAUGCAACAACGGGACUCUAUAAAAAAUGGCUCCGCAUCGGGCUCCAUCUCUUUUGAUUUACACUUGUGCUACUUGAUCGACGAGCUGCCCAGCUGA